CUUGCGAAGCCGGAAGUGUCCUGGGGCUCGAGGAGGCCGUGGGAGCCCGCCGGCGGUGGCGCGGCGGAGACCCGGCUGGUAUCGCAAGAGGAUUGCCUGAUCCAGCCAAGAUGCAGAGCACUUCUAAUCAUCUGUGGCUUUUAUCUGAUAUUUUAGGCCAAGGAGCUACUGCAAAUGUCUUUCGUGGAAGACAUAAGAAAACUGGUGAUUUAUUUGCUAUCAAAGUAUUUAAUAACAUAAGCUUCCUUCGUCCAGUGGAUGUUCAAAUGAGAGAAUUUGAAGUGUUGAAAAAACUCAAUCACAAAAAUAUUGUCAAAUUAUUUGCUAUUGAAGAGGAGACAACAACAAGACAUAAAGUACUUAUUAUGGAAUUUUGCCCAUGUGGGAGUUUAUACACUGUUUUAGAAGAGCCUUCUAAUGCCUAUGGACUACCAGAAUCUGAAUUCUUAAUUGUUUUGCGAGAUGUGGUGGGUGGAAUGAAUCAUCUUCGAGAGAAUGGCAUAGUGCACCGUGAUAUCAAGCCAGGAAAUAUCAUGCGUGUUAUAGGGGAAGAUGGACAGUCUGUGUACAAACUCACAGAUUUUGGUGCAGCUAGAGAAUUAGAAGAUGAUGAGCAGUUUGUUUCUCUGUAUGGCACAGAAGAAUAUUUGCACCCUGAUAUGUAUGAGAGAGCAGUGCUAAGAAAAGAUCAUCAGAAGAAAUAUGGAGCAACAGUUGAUCUUUGGAGCAUUGGGGUAACAUUUUACCAUGCAGCUACUGGAUCACUGCCAUUUAGACCCUUUGAAGGGCCUCGUAGGAAUAAAGAAGUGAUGUAUAAAAUAAUUACAGGAAAGCCUUCUGGUGCAAUAUCUGGAGUACAAAAGGCAGAAAAUGGACCAAUUGACUGGAGUGGAGACAUGCCUGUUUCUUGCAGUCUUUCUCGGGGUCUUCAGGUUCUACUUACCCCUGUUCUUGCAAACAUCCUUGAAGCAGAUCAGGAAAAGUGUUGGGGUUUUGACCAGUUUUUUGCAGAAACUAGUGAUAUACUUCACCGAAUGAUAAUUCAUGUUUUUUCGCUACAACAAAUGACAGCUCAUAAGAUUUAUGUUCAUAGCUAUAAUACUGCUACUAUAUUUCAUGAACUGGUAUAUAAACAAACCAAAAUUCUUUCUUCAAAUCAAGAACUUAUCUAUGAAGGGCGACGCUUAGUCUUAGAACCUGGAAGACUGGCACAGCAUUUCCCUAAAACUACUGAGGAAAACCCCAUAUUUGUAGUAAGCCGGGAACCUCUGAAUACCAUAGGAUUAAUAUAUGAAAAAAUUUCCCUCCCUAAAGUACAUCCACGUUAUGAUUUAGAUGGGGAUGCUAGCAUGGCUAAGGCAAUAACAGGGGUUGUGUGUUAUGCCUGCAGAAUUGCCAGUACCUUACUGCUUUAUCAGGAAUUAAUGCGAAAGGGGAUACGAUGGCUGAUUGAAUUAAUUAAAGAUGAUUACAAUGAAACUGUUCACAAAAAGUCAGAAGUUGUGAUCACAUUGGAUUUCUGUAUCAGAAACAUUGAAAAAACUGUGAAAGUAUAUGAAAAGUUAAUGAAGAUCAACCUUGAAGCGGCAGAGUUAGGUGAAAUUUCAGACAUACACACCAAAUUGUUGAGACUUUCCAGGUCUCAGGGAACAAUAGAAACCAGUCUUCAGGAUAUUGACAGCAGAUUAUCUCCAGGUGGAUCGCUGGCAGAUGCAUGGGCACAUCAAGAAGGCACUCAUCCAAAAGAUAGAAAUGUGGAAAAACUACAAGUCCUGUUAAAUUGCAUGACAGAGAUUUACUAUCAGUUCAAAAAAGACAAAGCAGAACGUAGACUAGCUUAUAAUGAAGAACAAAUCCACAAAUUUGAUAAGCAAAAACUGUAUUACCAUGCAACCAAAGCUAUGACGCACUUUACAGAUGAAUGUGUUAAAAAGUACGAGGCAUUUUUGAGUAAGUCAGAAGAAUGGAUGAGAAAGAUGCUUCAUCUUAGGAAACAGUUAUUAUCUCUGACUAAUCAGUGUUUUGAUAUUGAAGAAGAACCCGGAAGUGCACCAUCUUGCCUCCGUUCGUCCAAACAAUACUAA